UGUUUAUACAGAGCUCAGCCAAAGAACCCAAAACAGCACUCUGUUGGGACCGUACGGGAUGGACCCCAACAGCUUCUAUGUCAAUGGCUAUCAUGAAAUCAUACCAUAUUCUAACAAUCCCAUCCUGUCAUCGUAUUCUGUGAACUUCACAAUCACUAAUGUAAAGUUCCCUACAGAUCUGGGUACAAGCAGAGCUGAUGAAUAUCAAUAUCUGUCCCUUACUCUCACUAACUUGAUGGACAAGCUUUUCAGAAAGAGUAGUGUUCCCUACUUCUACAGUAGCUGCACAUUACUUGAUUUUAGUCCUGCAAAUGGAGGUGACAACACGGCAGUGUACGCAUUGUGCAAUUCCACAAACAACAACCCUGUCGAUGGAUCUAACGUGGCACAAGUCUACCAUGCAAUAAGUAGUGGAACUGCCAACAUCACAAAUUUGGGACCCUAUAUAUUGGACGAAAACAGUCUAUAUGUUAACAACUAUACUGAGGGACAGACGAUUCCUUUCCCCACUCCCUCUGUUCUGAGUUCCACAUCCAUGAUUCCAAUGACAGAAUCCACAAGCUCUGACAGUAGCAAAUUUAUUGUUAAUUUCACCAUCAUUAACAGAAACUACAGCCAGGACUUGGACAGUCCCAACUCUCUAUUGUAUAAAGAAAUUAAGUCAAAUAUAACUCAAAUGAUGACAGCUCUGUACAGUAAAAGCAGCUUGAACAACAGUUACCAGUACUGUACACUAAAUGGUUUCAGUGCUGGAUCUGUGAAAGUGAGCUGCCUUUGCACCUUCAAGAAGAUCAGUAAUGCAUCAGCCAUCGUGGACAACGACGUCCAAAAUGCCUUUGCAACGGGAACAAACAGCACAACGCUGCUCGGAGGGGUCUACAAGCUACGAUCAGACAGCCUGGCUGUGAAGGACACUAUUAUCAUAAUUCCACAACGUAAUGAACUGCCCUUCUGGACCAUUAUCCUGAUUGUCCUGGCAAUCUUAUUGGGUCUCAUUCUUCUUUUCUUAUGUUGCUUUUUGUUGGCACUUCUGGCCCAACGGCGCAUGGCUGGCUCUUAUGAUGUGAUGAAAAUCCCUUAUGGCGAGUACUAUACUCACCUAAAAUAAAUGGAAUAAAUGCGUGUGGCCAACUGUAAAAGUCUGACUUUCUGCUGAUUCAGAGCUCUCAUGGAAAACAUUUUAUACUUCCUACAAUGAGAAGGUCAAGAACAACUUGGUUUUUGUAAUUUAACAACAUUGAUAUUCCUAGUUAUUUACAUAAAUUUGCAAUUGCUCUGUAAGAACAAAGAAGAUGUAGUAAUGUGGUUAACUUCACUUGUAAUAAUAAUAACAAUAAUAAUAAUAAUAAUAAUAAUAAUAAACAUUUUAUUUAUAUAGUAACUUUCCCAUGCUCAAUUUGAAGUUAAACUACUUUUUAUGUUUAGUAUUAUCAACAAACCUUUUAUUCUGACCUUUGUACUUUCUUGCUGUUGAUUCAAAAAUACAAUAUUUAGCAAUGUAUUAUUUCUCAUUUUCAAAUGCACACAAUUGAAGGAGUAUAAAUACUGCAGAAAAACAAAAUGUAAUAAAAAUGCCUCUUUGCACAUGAACUGUG